CUUCAACAAUCUGCGAAUACCACGCCGGCCGGCUCUCAAAAUCCAACUAUUUUUCUGUGCAGCAAAAACCUCCCUCAUCAAGAUCUCAAUCAUUCCGCCAGCCUAGCGCAAGCCGGAUUAUUGCGUGCACCGCGUGCACGGUCACGCUCGCCACCCCAGCCUUUUAAAGCCUCCCGCUUGGGCGCCAUUUGGACGCUACCCGAUUCUCGCUCUCUCUCUCUCUCUCCUUCUCCGAGACGGCUCUAAGAAUUUGCCAAGAAUCCCCCUCCCCAUUUCUAGGGUUUCUCGAUCCCAAUUCUCUUGCUUUCUCCCUCGAUUCUUCCCGCCGGCCCGCGAAUCCAGGGUAUCCGUUUGAGUGGAUCUCGAGGCGGUGGCCUGCCGUCUCGACCCGAUCCUUCUACAGGAACUAGCCCAGAAAUGAGAUCCGGAUCGUCUUAUUGCAGUCGAGAGAUACAUUUAAGAAUUCUGGUGGAUAAUUCGCUUGCUUGGCGAUGGUGUUGGAUUUGUUUUUCGUUUUUUCAGGACGAUUGCUUGGAUCGACUUGUUUGGAAGUCUUUUACUCGAGUUCAGUUGGACUCUUAAAGUAUUCUAAAGAUUAAUAAAGAGAUCAAGCAUUGCUCAAACGGCUCAAUUUAGCUUCUGAAACGCAGAAGAAAAGGUGAGCGUGAUAGUUGUCCUACGAGCUUGGAAAGCAAGUCUUUGUAUGUUCUUGACAAAUUAAUUCUGAUGUAAUGUCUGUGAGUCACCUAGUGCUUUGUUGGUUGGCAUUUAUUUAAUCUCCCCUGUAAGUGGUUUGACUAGGCGGUAUUCAUGCAACGUAUCAUCUCUGUCCUAUGAGGAUUCCAUUGAUCUGGGAUUGUUAAAGAUCCUCCUUGCAAUUGUCAACUCCAGGGUUUUAUCCCAUGCGUAAUCUAUGGAUGCCAUGAGGAUUCCCUUAACUGUUACAAAAGCAAAGUGAAUUCUUAAGUUUCAUUUGCAGAAAUAAGUUCCAGGAUAUGGGUUGCCUGGCAUCAACACCGAGAGGUGCAGGUGGAAACAGAAGACGAUCAGGGACUGCUGUGGAGGUGGCUGUGUUUGUACCAGGAUUACGCAUCCCUAAAAGUGUUGACUUAUCUCAGCCAUUGGCUAACAGCUUGUCAAGAAAUUUAGUGGAACGCCUCUCAGCUCUGAGAACUCGCAUAGUCGUUAUGGCUGCCCAAGAGGCACCAACUGUGACAAAGCCUAGACGGAAAACAGCUACACAACAUGGAGGUUCUUCAUUGGCUGAUCUUCUGCAGGCGUUGGAGGAUUACUUGCCAGUGCUACUGGGAUUGGUGAAAAAUGGAAGUCAGUCAAAAGAUAAGGUACAAUUUGUGUGGGUUAAUCAGGAGGAUGAUGCAGAGGAAACAGGCAUCGCAAAUGCUUGGUAUGAGGUGUUGUCAGUUCUACAUCUGAUGGCUAUGCUGUGUUUAUCUGAAGCCAAUUCUUUGCUUCUUCCUAAAAUGUCCAAUGAUGGUUAUCGGCUAAAGGUAUCUGAAGAGGACAAACGAACCUCCAUUGAUAUUUUCUUAAAGGCAGCAGGGUAUUUGGAUUGUGCUAUUCAGCAUGUUCUUCCUCAAAUUCCUCCUGAGACAAGGAAAGAUCUUCCACUAGACCUAGCCGAAGGAGUGCUGCGAGCACUUUGCAUGCAAGCAUUGGGUCAGACUGUCGAUAUUCAACUUGGGAUCGCGAUGGAUAGUCCCAAGGCCACACUAGCUGUGAAACGAAGGUUGGCGUGUGAAAUGGUCAAGUGCUGGCAUCAGGCCCACAACAGCAUUACACAGGUUCCUUUAACUGAUGGUUGGGGGCGGAAGCAUCGUCUGUUUAUUAAGUGGAAAUAUGCUGAAGCCAAGAUCUUUCUUUCAGAAAAUAUAUUUAAAAAUCUUUCGCCUCAUCACCAGGCUGCUGCAUAUUACUUCCAUGGGCUUAUCCUUGAUGAAGGGAAUACAGAGAAGUCCCAUGGGAUGGCUAUAGCUGCUCUGCAAGCAGCAGAAGAGUUCCUCAAAGAAAGCAAAAGGUCUUGUGAAGUCUUCAAUGCAAUGCCUCCUACAUCAAGGAAUCCCCCUCUCUGGGGAUCUGCAAGGUAUCUUUCUGAGAAGAUCCCCAAAGAUGCAUCCAGCAAGGUUUGCAUCAAUCAGGACCUCUACAAUGAUGAAGGGGUCCUUGAAACAGCACCGACAUUGCCAGAUUUUGCAGUGGCUCUUAAACCUGAUGAUUAUGAACUUCCUCCAUUGGAUCCCUCAUGGAAUGAAUAAAAUGAUCAUCAAUAGAAAGCCCAGAUCCUAUGGAGCUGUCCCAUUGGAAAAGUGCCAGUUGACCUGCAACAUCUUGGCGUGCCUCCUCAUCAGGGAGGGCCAUUUUCUGUCAGCAACAAUGUGUGGUACAUUAAUUCAGAUUCUAAUUUCUUUUGUCUUUUGUUCUCCAUCCCCCCCCCCCCCCCCCCCCCCUUCUCUCUCUCUCUCUCUCCCUCCCCCCAAAGAGAAGUCUUCCCAUAGCUUGCUUGUUUACGGGACGGUGUUGUGUACAAGUGUUUUAUAGUGCAUGUAAAUGUAAAUUAUGGGAAAAAAGAAAAGGAUAUUUCUCUGGUUAACUGACCAGUGGAUUUAUGCAUGCGAUAUCAUCUUGAAAGUGAUUGAUCUGAUUAAUGAUGAUAUGCAUGCAAAGACUACCACCAAGAUUGGGUCGCAAACUGUGGACUUGUAAUUCAUUGUACUCUAUCCUACAUAGAUCUGGAAAAGGAUUGGCUACAAGUUUUCUA